AUGAAUCAGGUUGAUGAUUAUGAGUACUUUUGUCAUAGUUGUGAAGAUGUGAAGCGAACUAGCGAUAUCGAAAUUAUAUACGAUGGGGAGAUAAAAUGUAAAAGCUGCAAUCAUGUGGGCUUUGUGGAAAAAAUUGACGAAGAUGACCCCUUGAGUUUUCAUUCUAUUAAUUUCAAUAGGGACAGACGGAACGCGAACGAAGAAGGUGGUACUCCUAGCAACGAUAAUGCAAGCAAUUUACACAGUCCUUACGGGCAUGAUAGUGUUGGUGGCAGAGGCUCCGCUGGGGAGGGCAAUGCGGACAACCGUGGCAACAAUAGACAGGGCAACCGAAGCAACAACAGCGGCUUCUUCGGACCGAGUGAAAACUUUUUUAACGAUUUGAUGAUGUUCAGAAAUGUGUAUCAGCAGAUGUUCAAUACGAAUUUAAGGCCCACAGACACGGACAUCCAUUUUACGGCCAAUUUUGGUGUUCCCGCUCCUGAGGGGGGCAUGUCCGAUAGUGCACCUCGAAAUGAUGCCCAGGGUAGAGUCUUCUUCGGCAGGAAUUACAUGUACAACGGUGGCAUCCCCGAGGGGGGAAGUGGCUUGGGUGGAUUUAGCGGUAUCAGCGGUGUUAGCGGUGUUAGCGGUGUUAGCGGCGUUAGCGGUGUUAGCGGCGUGGGUCGGGCCAGUGACGGCAACACGAACGGCAGCGUAAAUGGCGCCAUAAAUGGAAGCGCAAAUGGAAGCGCGAAUGGAAGCGUGAAUGGAAGCGUGAAUGCCAGAAGCCCCAGGAUUAUCACCAGGGCCAUAGACAUCACCAACAUCCCCCUCAACUCACCAAUCAGAUUAAACUUCCACGACCUCAUAGACAAUAUACUAACCAACUCCUUUGAAAAUAUUUCUCUGGACCAAGUUUUAACAAUAAUCAUGGAGAGUGAUCCUUCUAGAAAUGGACCCCCACCUGCAUCCGAAGCAAUUAUAAAAAAUUUGAAGGUGGAAGUUUUAACUAAAGAGAGAGCGGAGGAAUUAGAAUCAUGUGCUAUAUGCAGAGAAGAGUAUAAAGAAAAUGAUGAGGUACAUAGGAUAACAGAUAAUGAGCGUUGUCGACAUGUCUUCCAUUGUUCAUGUAUCAUUCCGUGGUUGAAGGAAAGGAAUUCUUGUCCUACUUGUCGCUUUGAACUUCCCACGGAUGAUCAGGAAUAUAACUCCAAGAGGGAGGAACUACGAGAAAGAAUAAACUCUGAAAUUUCUCGUAACAAUACGUUUAACAAUUCUAACGGCGUUAACAUGGAGAGUACUUCUGUGAGUAACAGUGGGGUUGGCACAAAUGACGUUGGUUCUGCUGCUGCUACUGCUACUGCUCCUGGUAAUGGUCGUUCAGAGGGGAACAAUGAGGGUUCACCCGAGAAGGAGGAGUCCCCUGAUGGUAAUAUAGCCUCCUCGACAAAUAGAAACGAUGGCACGGUUACGCAGGCUAGUAGUACUACUGCACAGUCUAGUGGCACUACUACGCAGCGAAAUGUCAAUUCAGGGCAAGUGAGUGAUCCGUCCACACAACAGGCCGGUGGCGCAGGUGCUGAAGAAGCAGGGGGGAUAAGGUUCAUUCCCUUCACUGAAGAAUACGACAUCAACAUGGUUGAAGGAUUUGCAUCUGCACAGACACAGAGCAUUAUACAAAAUAUUUUUAGCACUUUUAUACUUGGACAUAACGACACGAACAGGGGAAUUGGGUUUGUGACUGCUCCGCAAGUAUUUUCCAGAAUCAGCAAUAGAAAUUCUGGUAGCCGAAAUUUACAUGAAUGGGGUCAGGAGAGAGCAGGAGGAGGUCUCGAGGAGGCGAGCUCGUCCAACAGGGACGACGCAAACCGUGAUGAGCAGGCAAACAACACCGCUAAUAAUAAUAAUUCGAGUGAAAGCAUACGCGGUGGAAUGACAAACCAGAGCGAUGCGGGAGGAAUUAACACGAAUGCAUUACGUGUCACAAGCAGGGUGUACGAAUCCGUACCCAGCGGACUCAACGUAACAAAUAACACGUUCGACCCAGCUACGAUGUUUGAAGUUAACAAUAGUGUGAACGCUGAGGAAGCGUUUGGCACGGACAUCUCGUCCGAUACAGACAUGGGGGUUACGGGGUCGACGAAGAUUACCAGGACAACCCAGUGUGAGCCUACUGUCGGGAACGACUCGGCAAACCCAAUCGACUUGGCUGCCGACGGAGUGGAGGCCUCUGCUUUUAUGAAUAUUGCAGAUGCAUAUAUGACCAAUCGCAGAAAUGAUUCCCAUCGGGAUGAAGGAGUAAUUGUGGGUAGUGUAGUGAGCGGGGAGGGCUUCAGCGAAGGAGAUAUAGAUCCAGCGGGUCCCUUUUGUCAACCUGGGUCUAGAAGCAUGGAGGAGAGUUGUAACGUGCACAAGGAUGAGGAGGAGCCUUCCACGAGCAUCACUGGGGUGAAUGGUGCCACCCGUAAUGAUAAGCAGAAGGAGGAUCCUAGCAGAAAUGCCACGCAUACCGAUUCGUGUGCAAAAGGUGAUGAUUGUUCUGGGAGCCCCAGUGAAAAGAGCAGCAGUCUCAAUAACCCCACAAACAAGCAAAGCGGAAGUGUUAGGAGUGUCUCUAAGAAAAACGAAAAAAGGAUUUACGAAAAAGUUAGUUCCACGUAUAGUAACGGAAGUAACAGCAAUAACAGCUCGGGGCAAUGCAAAGACAGUGACAUCGAACAGGAAAAUAUGAGAAAGAAAUCGAGGAGCAGCCAGCAUGGCGAUGAGCCGAGUAGUUUUAGCUUUUGUAACGGCGUUGAGGACGGCACUGUCGGGGGUGCGAUUAUCACCAGGGCCAUAGACAUCACCAACAUCCCCCUCAACUCACCAAUCAGAUUAAACUUCCACGACCUCAUAGACAAUAUACUAACCAACUCCUUUGAAAAUAUUUCUCUGGACCAAGUUUUAACAAUAAUCAUGGAGAGUGAUCCUUCUAGAAAUGGACCCCCACCUGCAUCCGAAGCAAUUAUAAAAAAUUUGAAGGUGGAAGUUUUAACUAAAGAGAGAGCGGAGGAAUUAGAAUCAUGUGCUAUAUGCAGAGAAGAGUAUAAAGAAAAUGAUGAGGUACAUAGGAUAACAGAUAAUGAGCGUUGUCGACAUGUCUUCCAUUGUUCAUGUAUCAUUCCGUGGUUGAAGGAAAGGAAUUCUUGUCCUACUUGUCGCUUUGAACUUCCCACGGAUGAUCAGGAAUAUAACUCCAAGAGGGAGGAACUACGAGAAAGAAUAAACUCUGAAAUUUCUCGUAACAAUACGUUUAACAAUUCUAACGGCGUUAACAUGGAGAGUACUUCUGUGAGUAACAGUGGGGUUGGCACAAAUGACGUUGGUUCUGCUGCUGCUACUGCUACUGCUCCUGGUAAUGGUCGUUCAGAGGGGAACAAUGAGGGUUCACCCGAGAAGGAGGAGUCCCCUGAUGGUAAUAUAGCCUCCUCGACAAAUAGAAACGAUGGCACGGUUACGCAGGCUAGUAGUACUACUGCACAGUCUAGUGGCACUACUACGCAGCGAAAUGUCAAUUCAGGGCAAGUGAGUGAUCCGUCCACACAACAGGCCGGUGGCGCAGGUGCUGAAGAAGCAGGGGGGAUAAGGUUCAUUCCCUUCACUGAAGAAUACGACAUCAACAUGGUUGAAGGAUUUGCAUCUGCACAGACACAGAGCAUUAUACAAAAUAUUUUUAGCACUUUUAUACUUGGACAUAACGACACGAACAGGGGAAUUGGGUUUGUGACUGCUCCGCAAGUAUUUUCCAGAAUCAGCAAUAGAAAUUCUGGUAGCCGAAAUUUACAUGAAUGGGGUCAGGAGAGAGCAGGAGGAGGUCUCGAGGAGGCGAGCUCGUCCAACAGGGACGACGCAAACCGUGAUGAGCAGGCAAACAACACCGCUAAUAAUAAUAAUUCGAGUGAAAGCAUACGCGGUGGAAUGACAAACCAGAGCGAUGCGGGAGGAAUUAACACGAAUGCAUUACGUGUCACAAGCAGGGUGUACGAAUCCGUACCCAGCGGACUCAACGUAACAAAUAACACGUUCGACCCAGCUACGAUGUUUGAAGUUAACAAUAGUGUGAACGCUGAGGAAGCGUUUGGCACGGACAUCUCGUCCGAUACAGACAUGGGGGUUACGGGGUCGACGAAGAUUACCAGGACAACCCAGUGUGAGCCUACUGUCGGGAACGACUCGGCAAACCCAAUCGACUUGGCUGCCGACGGAGUGGAGGCCUCUGCUUUUAUGAAUAUUGCAGAUGCAUAUAUGACCAAUCGCAGAAAUGAUUCCCAUCGGGAUGAAGGAGUAAUUGUGGGUAGUGUAGUGAGCGGGGAGGGCUUCAGCGAAGGAGAUAUAGAUCCAGCGGGUCCCUUUUGUCAACCUGGGUCUAGAAGCAUGGAGGAGAGUUGUAACGUGCACAAGGAUGAGGAGGAGCCUUCCACGAGCAUCACUGGGGUGAAUGGUGCCACCCGUAAUGAUAAGCAGAAGGAGGAUCCUAGCAGAAAUGCCACGCAUACCGAUUCGUGUGCAAAAGGUGAUGAUUGUUCUGGGAGCCCCAGUGAAAAGAGCAGCAGUCUCAAUAACCCCACAAACAAGCAAAGCGGAAGUGUUAGGAGUGUCUCUAAGAAAAACGAAAAAAGGAUUUACGAAAAAGUUAGUUCCACGUAUAGUAACGGAAGUAACAGCAAUAACAGCUCGGGGCAAUGCAAAGACAGUGACAUCGAACAGGAAAAUAUGAGAAAGAAAUCGAGGAGCAGCCAGCAUGGCGAUGAGCCGAGUAGUUUUAGCUUUUGUAACGGCGUUGAGGACGGCACUGUCGGGGGUGCGUCCAGCUCGCUUGCAGGGGGGGAAGAGGUAGCAGAGGAGGCAGCGGCGGAGAUCGCGGCAGGGGUAGGAGAAGAAGUAGCGGAUGGCGUAGCGGAAGGCGUAGCGGAAGGCGUAGCGGAAGGCGUAGCGGAAGGCGUAGCGGACGGAAGGAAUAGCCAAAAGAAACAAAGCACAGUGAAAAAAUACCUGUUCGAUAGACUGCACUGGCUAAAGGGUUACGAUGGCAAGGAUAAAAAGAAGAACGAAAAGGGGCAUGACGCAAGUGAAAGUGUUGGCUUGGACAAAAAUGGGGCGAAUGUGGAGAACGCUGGGAAUGAUGGUAGUGGUGCGAGCGAGGCGCAUGCCCCUGAGGGGGGGAGCAACCAAAAGUGCAGCCCAAGAGGAAUCCACAAGAAUCAGUGA